AGUCCGCAGAAUUCAGAGCAUCAGAAGGCAGGAGGCCAAAGGUCUCCUUGCUCAGUAGUUUCUUGGGGUUGUUCUGGUACCAGAUCGGGAUGAUUGAAGUGGUUUGCAACAAUCGGCUGGGCAAGAAAGUGAGAGUGAAGUGCAACUCUAACGACACCAUUAGAGACUUGAAAAAGCUCAUUGCCGUGCAGACUGGCACACGGUGGGACAAGAUUGUGUUGAAGAAAUGGUAUACAAUUUUCAAGGACCAUGUCUCAUUGGCAGACUAUGAAAUUCACGAUGGAAUGAACCUAGAACUAUAUUAUCAGUAGUUUCAUUGUGGCAGAUGCUGCCUUUUCUAUGUCUGUUUUUUUCAUUCUUUGUUUCUUAUUUGACAAACUCUUGAUUAUUUGGUGGCAUGAGGUUUAGUUAAGAGUAUUUUAUCCCUGAGCGCAAUAUACCAGGAAUGAAUACCAGGGAACUUGUAUUCA